GCCGCCACAGUUCUGCACUGAUUCGGUCAUGAACGCGGCCGGUCCAGACCUGGUGGAGGCGCCCGAGGAGCGGCGUUUCCUCAGCACAGCAGAGGCAGCCGCCCUGGAGCGGGAGCUGCUUGAGGACUACCGCUUUGGGCGGCAGCAGCUGGCGGAGUUGUGUGGCCAUGCCAGUGCCGUGGCUGUGACCAAGGUAUUCCCCUUGGCGGCUCUCUCCCGGAAGCAGAGGACAGUGCUGGUUGUUUGUGGCCCGGAGCAGAAUGGGGCAGUGGGGCUGGUCUGUGCCCGGCACCUGCGGAUGUUUGAGUAUGAGCCAACCAUCUUCUACCCUAUGCGUUCGCCGGACCCAUUGCACCAGGACCUGACCACCCAGUGUGAGAAGAUGGACAUCCCCUUCCUGUCAUACCUGCCUGCAGAGGUCCAGCUCAUCAACGACGCCUAUGGGCUGGUGGUAGAUGCCAUGCUGGGCCCUGGUGCAGCGCCGGGUGAUGUCGGGGGCCCCUGCACUCGAGCCCUGGCCACGCUCAAGCUGCUAUCCAUUCCCCUUGUGAGCUUGGACAUCCCUUCAGGCUGGGACGCAGAGACGGGCAGCGAUUCUGAAGACGGGCUGCGGCCCGACGUGCUGGUGUCGCUUGCGGCGCCCAAGCGCUGCGCGGGCCGAUUCUCCGGACGCCACCACUUCGUGGCUGGCAGGUUCGUGCCAGAUGACGUGCGCCGCAAGUUCGCUUUGCGACUGCCGGGAUACACGGGCACCGACUGCGUCGUGGCGCUGUGAUGGACACCUGCCCGUAGCUUGGACCCCCGCCAAUAAACAGAUACCCCCCCACCUCGACGACUCCUUUGUACGCCAGGUCCGCCGCGGGG